GGUUACAGGCCAGAGGUCAAGCCAUUACAUUUAUUUGAGUCAGGAAAUCAGGAGGAUAUAUUGAGCCCUGACGCAUUCACAAGACGAAAUCCUAGAAAAUUAGUGUUAGAUCAUUCUGUUGAACCACAGGAAUUAUUGCCUGAACCUGAUACUCAGGCUGGAGUGUCAAAUGAAGGACAAACCCCAAUUAAAAAAUCUAUAUCUUUCGAUUCCAGGCUUGAGUCAGGUGCCGAUACUAUUUCUCAUUCAUUUAGUCCAAAAAAUAAUAGACAAAUAGAUAUUCCUAGUAGUUCUGCGAUUGUAACUCCAACAAGGAUAUCAAAGACACCAUUAACAUCUCCAUUUAAUGGAUUAACUAAGGAGGAAGAGUCAUUUUCAUCGCCAACCCUUGAUAAUGAAUACUAUUCUACGCCUACAAUUAAAGACCUUAAGGAAAUGAGCCCAGAACAAUUAAAAAACGUUGGUGGUUUUCAGGUAGGAAGAAAAGGUUACGGUGCUAUUGAAUAUCAAGACCCAGUGGAUCUCAGUGACGUCAAGCAGAUUGAAGAUAUUUUGGGAAAAAUCAUUAAAUUUGAAUCACAGCAUUGUACCGUUUAUGGAACUGAUUAUAACAAGCCACCGCCAGGGCAAGGACUAAAUAAACCUGCAAUAAUCUCACUGACAAAUUGUUGGGCUUUGGAUAAAAGUAAUCGACAGCCGAUUAUCGACCCAGAAGAUCCCAGGUAUCAACAACGUAUUGAUAGAUUAAAAAGUGUUGAAGGCACAAAAUUCAUUACCUUCAUAGCUACAACGGGUACCUGGGUAUUUCAAGUAGAGCAUUUUACAACAUAUGGUCUCAUUUUUGAUGACCCAGAAGAUCAAUAUGAAGAAAAGCGGUUUCAUCCUGUAGUACUUCCUGUCACUGAGCAGGAUGAAACAAAACCUUUAUUUCAGUCACGAAAAGGAAAAGAAAAAGAACAUGAUUUUGAUAAACUUGGUCCAGUGAUUAAUUUUUCAGAAACUUUGGGGCAUGAUCCUGACGUCAUUAGUGAAAUGCAAAAUUUCAUAUUUCAUAGUGAAGAUGUUAUGUCAAUGGAUACUACUGUAGAUAAUGAAGAAUUUGAUGAUUCUCGUAAGCGUAGUUUGGGAAGUUAUGAGGAUCAAAAUACAAUGCAAAUUGAGGAGCUUAAAGUGGAGUCACGUAAGUCGUUUUCCACGGCGAUAGAAAUACCUCAACGAGAUGUAGUUAUCCCAAUGCCUAGCAAGUACCGCAGGAUUGUUGAUUAUUAUCAUUCCGUUGUAUUUGGAAAAAAUUAUUGCAAAGAAGAUUCUGGACUCGUAAUGGGAAGAUCUUUCAGAGUAGGGUGGGGCCCGAAUGGAAUUCUCGUUCGCUGCAGUAAAGUUUGUGGGAUUUCAAAUGUAAUAUCAGCUUUCUCUCCAAAAGGCAAGAAUACUGGCUUAAGUAAAAACACCGGAAUGCCUUCAAUAAUUCAAUUUGAACAGCUUCGAAUAUUCGCUGAUACGGAGGAUAAGGAAAAAAGAAAACACAAUAGAUUAAUGGAAUUUAUUUUCGAAAAUUCGACAAUUGGGCAAAAAAAUGGAAUACCAUACGUUGAUACCACUAAAAUUAAUUUUAAAAACAUAAUGGACGCUUUUCAAAGUGAAGAUAUCCACCGACAUGAAGAAUUAAUUUGGAAACUUGGACAUGCUUUAUGGGAUGAUAUCACAAUCCCUGGUGCUAAUCAGAUAGCUCCGGAAGUUGAAGAAAAAAUUGCCCUUGAAAAACGUAAAGAACGACUUUCGAAAUGGUUUAAGAAUGCCGUUUCACCUCAUGCCACGGCGCACGUUAAGCGCGCCGAGCGUGCUAAUAAUGCAUCAGAAACCAUUUUCGCUUAUCUUAGUAGUAAAGAUAUAAUGAAAGCUUCAAAAGUAGCCAUUAAGAAUCGUUGUUUCCGCUUAGCGACAUUAUUGUCUCAAUUAUGUGGAAACGACAAAUUUUUUAGGAAACAUAUUAGUGAUCAAAUCGAACAUUGGAAGCAGACUGGAGUAGAUAAGCUUAUAUCUAAUGACAUUUGGAAACUUUACGAAAUAAUGUUUGGGAAUGUAAUACCGUCAAUACAUGGGUUGGACUGGAAACGCGCCCUUUGUAUGCAGAUGUGGUAUGGUCGCUAUUCAGAUGAAUCAUUUGAUAAGUCUUUCAACGAUUAUGAGAAGGCACGAGAAUCAACAGGAAUUGCAAAACCUAUACCGUGGUAUAAAGAUGACAUAUAUCCCAAACCUCUCGUAUCUUGGACUGCUUCAGAUAAUGAAGAUAAUUUUGAUGUGCAUUAUCAUCUUUUAAAACUUUCUGUCGAUUCAACCCAUCUUCUCGAUGAUGCAUUACUCCCGUUGUCUAUUACACCCUCACCCUUGGAUUAUCGCGUUACAUGGUUAUUGCAUUUCAUGCUUGCUCGUACAUUAACUGUGAGAGACUUUGUGGGCCAAGGCACAACUGCCGAUUGUGUUACGUUGAAUCUUGUGAAUCAAUUGGAAAUGUUAGGGUUACAUGAAUGGUCCCUCUUCGCCGCUUUGUUCAUAAAUGAACCUUACAACCGAAAAACCAUAAUUUGUGAAAUAUUGAAUCGCCUAGUGUCAUCGGUUUCUCUGGAACGCCUGCGGGAUGUUGAAAAGUUUGCUAGUGAUCAGUUGAAAAUAAAUCAACAAUGGGUCGAUCAUGCCAAGGCUUUAUAUUCAAAAUAUCGAGAUGAUACCGUUGAAGAAGCAAUGUAUUUAUUAAAGUCUGGGAAUAACGUCGAUGCACACAAGAUAGUCGUAUCAAAGAUUGCUCCAGAAAGCAUCUUACAUAAAAAAUAUAAAAAAUUGCAGGAAAUACUCGAAAAAAUUGACCAAAAUUCUAUUCCUGAUUGGGAUUUGGGUGGCAAAAUAUUCCUAGAUUAUCUUUCUUCUAUCGAGUCGGUACGUAUUGAAGAUAUAGAAAAUAAUCCAGCCUACCGGACUGGUCUUAUGGGAAUUUGCCAAAGUAUUAUUAGGGGCCUCGACAAUAUGAAACCUAUCGAUCUUCAAUAUCAGAAAUGUAUCACUUACAUGAGGUAUUCAACGAAAAAUAUUCUUAACCACAUAGAAGGGUGUGAUAUAAAUAAUAUGAAAUAUAAACCUGAAGACAUAAUCAGCAUAGAAAUUUGA